AUGCCCAGCUUCGAGUGUCCGCAAUGCGAGAGGCAGUUCAGAUCGUCCAUGGCACUCGGCGACCAUUGCCGGUCAAAGGCACACGGAGCAUGGUGUAUACCGUGCCAAAGAUGGUUCGUGAAUGAUCAGGCAUUGAGCCAGCAUACCAAUGCAUCGCCGAAACACGCUUUUGAUUCCGACGACAGCUCAGAAGUCUACAGCUCUGAUGACGAUGACACCAGCUCUGAGGAAGAGGAUGAUGAGGAACCUUACUGUCGAGGUUGCAGCCGCUGGUUCGUGAACGCCGCGAGUCUUCGUGCUCACCUGCGAGACAGCCCGCUCCACAACUGGUGCUUCCAGUGUUCUCGAGAUUUCUCAACUGCCACCGCGUUGAAUCAGCACACUCAGUCACUUGCGCACAAGGAUCGGGACUUGCAGUGUCCCUUUUGCCGCGUCAUGUUCAAGAGUCCCUCUGGCGUGGCCUUCCACGUUGAGUCUGGGUGCCAUAAGAUCAACAGACACCAGGUCACUGCCGCCGUCCACGCCCUCGGCAUCGUCCCCACCAUCUCCGUCAAUCGCCGCCUCCAAGGCUCCUCGAAUUCCUUCCCAACGACUCUCACGACCUUCAUAGCCACAGAAGCUUCGUUCAAUGGGUCUAAAUACGACUGCUAUCUCUGCACUCGCAAAUUCAAGACCCUCAGCGGUUUGAACACCCAUUUGAAUUCGCCGGCGCACGACAGGGACGAAUUCAAGUGCCCGAAGUGCAAGAGGGAGUUUAAGUUGAUUUCGGGGCUGGUGCAACACAUCGAGAGCGGUGUGUGCAAAGUGGCGCAGAUGAAGAAGGUGGAAGCUUAUUACGAGGACUUGACGGCGGCCUUUUCAAGGGCUCUCAAAUUGUAG